AUGUCGCCCGCCUCAGGAAUAGCGGCAUCGCAGCUGCGACAGCUGAUUUUCUACCACUUGGAUAAUGACAUGGUCGACAACGCCAAUUUUCUCGCGCAGCGCCUAUUUGCUGCAGAACCGCGCAACCCGGACUCUUCACACUUACUCGCUCUCACCUACUUUCGACUCCGUCGCUUCCGAGCUGCCUUUGAUUUCAGUCAAAAGUACGGCGCGAACGGACGCCACCUAGGAUGCGCCUACAUCUUUGCUCAGUCGUGCCUGGAGCUGGAGCAAAACAUGGAGGGCGUGACUGCGUUGGAAAAAUCCAAGAGCGCGUGGGCAGGGAAGAAUGACUGGAAGCAGCAUUCGGGGAGCUCCAGGAGGCACAUACCAGACGCGGCUGCAGUCUUGACGCUGCUGGCGAAGCUAUGGCGUGCGCAUGGAGAUUUCAACAAGGCUGGGGAUUACUACAUUGAGGCCCAUAAGUUGAACCCGUUCGUUUGGGAUGCUUUCGAGGGCUUGUGCAAGAUCGGCGCGGAUCUGAAGGUGGAGAACAUGUUCAAAUCGACGGCUGAUAUGCCUGGUGCUGCAGAGGCAGGUUCUGGAGAGACUCAGAUCUACGUGGAUGAGGACUCACGGCAACCGCUUUCGCACGUUAAUCUUGGGCCCCACGCGCAGAAUGUAUUGACGACAAUGGACGACCCGUUCACUUCUUCAAUCACCGGGGGGUUGGAGGAACAGGAUUUGCUGAACCCCAGAGUUCGGAGCAGACCGGCGCUUGGCCUUGCACUGAAGCAGGGUCGUUCUGAUUGGGAUACUCCGACCACUGUCGGUGGUUUGAAUGAUGAUGAUGUCGCAAUGGGAGGGAUUUCCGCGGAGAACGAUGAUACAUUUCACGAAAUGGCGGCGCCUGCUGCACCUUCGAGGAGGGAGAGAAAAGGCCCGUAUGAUAUGUCAGAUCGACCAAAGCAGCCUCCCAUUCGCGGGCAGUCAGCCUCCGAGGGUAUCUCGGACGAUGCGCUUCAAGCUGCUCCAAGGAAACCUACGCUCGGCGGCCAGAAGAGAAACAUAUCCGGUGCGACCUCCCAGCCAGCAGUGGACUCCUCCCAGCCUCGUAGAAGUAAUAGGCUAUUCACCCAGACGACAGCUUCAUCAAAGACGACCCGUUCCACCAUGGAUACGGCUGCGUCAAUAGCAGGACGAGCUGAUAGACCCGCUCGACAAGCCAAGCCGGCAACAGGAACCAGGGGUAGGACGGGUGCGGUCGUGGGACGGGUGGUCAGUGGAAACAGGAAAGUCUUGCCUCCCGACGAGAAGGAGAAGGAGAAGCGUGCUGGGACUCGAAACAAUGAAAAGAUUCCGUCCGUUCCCUCGGUCACAUCAGCCAUUCUACAAAAGUCACAGCCUGGACGUCCGUCACAGAGCGACAUCCUCGCAGAGCAGCAUGCCAUGUCUGCUCUCCUGGACAACUUUCGCAACUUGGCAGUAGCAUACAACGCCUCAUCCAAGUUCUCWCUACCCGACGCCAUAGCGGUCUUCCGCGCUUUACCCGCGACUCAACGAGAAACUCCCUGGGUCCUUGCCCAGCUGGGAAAAGCUCAUUAUGAAGCAGGCGAUUACCGCGCGAGCGAAGAAUGUUUCGCACGCCUUCUGAAACUAGUCCCGAGCCGAGUUGAUGAUAUGGAAAUCUACAGCACCGUCUUGUGGCACCUUAAAAAGGAAAGCACUCUGACAUUUCUCUGUCGAAGUUUGCAAGAUUCCCACUUCGAUGCUCCACAAACUUGGGUCGCGGUCGGCAAUGCCUUCAGUCUUGCCCGUGAACAUGAUCAGGCCAUUGCGGCGUUCAAGCGAGCGACACAGAUAGAUCCCAAGUUCGGCUACACGUGGACAUUGAUGGGCCAUGAGCACAUCGCCAACGAGGCCUAUGAUUCCGCGCUUGCGAGUUUCAGGCACAGCGUCUCGGUCGAUCGACGAGCGUAUUCUGGGUGGUAUGGGUUGGGCAAGGCGUACCAAUGCAUGGGCAAGUUGGAGGACGCGGAGAAACAUUACCGGAUUGCUUCCAACAUCAAUCCGUCCAAUUCCACAUUGCUGGUCUGUAUUGGCGUGGUACUCGAGCGGUUGCGCAACAAGAAAGGAGCGCUGGCAAAUUAUACCAAGGCGUUGGAGUUGGCGCCUGACAGUGCCCUAGCGAGGUUCAAGAAGGCCAGGGUCCUGAUGCACAUGAAAUAUUACGAUGAUGCGCUGGGAGAACUUGAGAUCUUGAAGAAUCAGGCGCCUGAUGAGGCCAAUGUGCACUUUUUGCUUGGAAAGUGCUUCAAGGGAUUGGGUGAGCGGGGAGAGGCGUUGAGGGCGUUCACUGAGGCCCUUAAUCUGGACACCAAGGCAGCGCCGUUCAUCAAGGAAGCUAUGGAAGCACUCGACGAGGAGGACGAGGAAAGCGAUGAUGACUGA